AUCAUCAUCGCCAAGAUGAACAAGAUAUUGCGAAGGUGUCUGCGGAGCAAUGUCUUCAUGGGGAGGGCAAAGUACAGCUCUGGAAACGUACCGAAACGGACGGAUCUGAGUCCGGUGAAGUUGUUCUGCGGCGCGACUGUAAUCAGUUCGAUUUGCGCCACCAUCUACACAUACAUCUACCACAGCCCGAGGAAAAAGCUCGUCACACAUCCACCGGAAUUGGAUCAGAGACGAAAGUUCAAUUUCAUCAAUCGGGUGGUCGAGCAGUGCGCUCCGGCGGUGGUCUACGUGGAAAUCAAGGAUCCCAAGAGGAUAGACAAGAGCACCGAGGACAGACUCAUCGUGUCCAACGGAUCGGGGUUCAUAGUGCGCGAGGACGGUUGGAUCCUCACGAACGCGCACGUCGUCAUCAACAAACCGAAUUCGAUCAUCAACGUGAAGAUGCGGGACGGUUCGAGCUUCCAGGGGAAAGUCGAGGAAGCUGACAUGAACAUCGAUCUGGCCUUGAUCAAGGUGGACCCGGGGCUGCGGCGUCUACCAGCGCUGAACCUGGCGGACGUCGGCGACGUCAACGUGGGUGAAUGGGUCGUCGCACUCGGAAGUCCACUAUCAUUGAGCCAUUCGGCCACUGUCGGUGUCGUAAGCUGCGUGAAUCGCACCGCCGACGAAUUGGGUCUUCGGAAUUACCAGAUGAAGUACAUCCAGACGGACGCACCCAUAACCUUCGGUAACUCUGGAGGACCCCUGGUGAACCUCAACGGAGACGUCAUCGGUAUUAACAAUUUACGCAUCACCGCCGGGAUUUCAUUCGCCAUUCCCAUCGAGUACGUGUCAAAGUUUUUGGAUCGCAUCGAUGUGGUGAGCAAGAGGAAACCUCCGAAGAACAAUAACUUGGGUAUAACGACGAUGUCUAUGAAACCGUCGAUAGCCAAAGAAGCGCUGAACUGGCAGAACGGUCUUGAAGAGUCGAACGAGACGGGUCUCUUCGUGUGGAAAGUGCUUGACGGGGGUUUGGCCAUGAAAGGCGGCAUCCGAACUGGAGACAUAAUAACCCACAUCAACGACAGACCCGUAAAAAAGCCGAGCGAUCUGUACUCGUAUUUUAACAGAAGGCAAACAACGAAUUCCGUCCAAGUUCUUCGUUUGGGUAAGAGAACGAAAAUUGUUAUUGGAAGCGAUGCAUAAUUUUGGAAACGUACAAUAUAUAUAUAUAUAUGAGUAUACAGCUUCUUUUG